AAACUGGAAGGAAGCCAGAGGGCGGGGCUUCCAGAAAUCAUUUAUAACCUGCCACUUGCAGAGAUCACACACACAACCAGACACAAUCUGGAAGAGCUUCCCAGCAGAAGGCACAACAAUGGAAACGCUACCGGUCCCAUAUAAAAAAGAUGUAUUCUUUACUGAUGAUUCUUCAGUAACAAUCAAAGGGAAACCUGUCCUGCCUUUCAGUAUGUUCCCAGAAAUGCAGGUGGAUUUCUUCACUGGAACUGAAGUGGACUCAGACAUUGCCUUCCAUUUCCGCGUGUACUUCGGCAAAGAGGUGGUGAUGAACAGCCGUCACGGUGGGACCUGGGGUGAAGAAGUGAAAUCCACUGAUAUGCCCUUUAAGGACGGCCAACCCUUUCAAGUGGGCAUCUCUGUGCUAUCAGACCAAUACCGGGUAACAGUUAAUGGUACCCCAAGUCACACUUUUCCCCAUCGACUUGACCCAAAAACUGUGAAGAUGAUCCUGGUGUGGAGAGAUGUCUCUCUGACUUCAGUGGUUCCCAAAUAGAAAAGGAUGUGACCAGACUCCCCAUUGUCAAGGAGAUCCCUCCACCUAAGUGACUCUGUGGUUCCCAGAGCUCACUAACAACAUGGGUUCUCACCCUUUCCCCACACUUGAUCAUUAAAACUCCUGAAAACACAACAA